UUUGUAUGUAGCGUUAACAGAGUUAAUGCAGCAUUGUGAGUAGUUUUUGUCUUGUGGAUUUUUCGACAGUAUCAUAACUGCAUGUCCAUGAUACGAUAUUUGCUGCGUUUAUUUAUAUAUGCGAUGGCGAUAUAUGCUAAUUGCUUUCGUAACUUUGUUCUGGUCGUUUGAAGCUGCGUCCUUCUUUUAAGGCGUCUGGAGUUUUUCCCAGCAAUUUGGACAUUAUUUCUCGCGACAUGAAUCCAUCAAAGUCAUUUGGAAGUCCACAGGAUUUAGGUUUCCAAGUGACGAGCAAUACUAACGCCAAUUUGUUUCAGUCGUUUGGACAACAACACCCUAUCAGUGUACAUCAGAAUGUGGGCAAUUUUCAGUCAUCAGCGUUUAGCUUACCCUCGGCCUCAAAACUGCCCGGGACUGCCAUGUUUGGACAGGGCCCUUCAUUUGGGCAGCAAUCAUUACAAACCUCAACGCUUCCCAGCCACACGCCAGCUUUUACGAUGGGAGCCAGCAAGUCGGGCUUUGGUAGCAGUGCUCCACCAGCUUUUGGAUCAGUUAGUGGACCAAGCCAGAGUUCAGCUUUUGGAAAGACACAUGCAUUUGGUCAGGACCCAAGUUUUGGACAAAAGCUCACAGGCUUUGGACAGCAGGCUCCAGGAUUUCGAAACACCCAAAUGGCCUCUGGCUCUGCAACUUCCUUCGGGUCACCUCAGCAGAUAGGUUUUGGACAUUCUGUAUUUGGACAACCACCACCUACAACUGUUGCCGGUAGUGUGUUUGGUACAACCCAGACCCAGGUCAGAGGAUUUGGAUCAGAAUUCAUUUUCAAGCCAGCCAGUGAAGUACUUUUCAAACCCAUCUACAGUGGCAGUCCUGAGCCCUCCAACUCUCAAACCACUUCAUUGUCCAGCUUACCUUUUGGCACCACUACAGAAAUGCUACAUUUCAGCACUGCUGCUAGUAGCAGCACCACCACUGACUUCCCUGGAGCAAAGUCUGCGUCACUGGGUUUCAGUUUCUCUCAGCCUGCUGCUGCUCCGUCCCUUCCAGUCCAAAACCACCCACUAACAACCGUCAAUAACAGUGGCCGCUCUAGCGCGCUGCAGUUCACAUUUUCCCAACCUGCUGCACCCUCUAGUUCCAACACCACUGCACCUAUCACCCAUCCCAAAACACCAUCCACUUUCAGUUUUUCAACCAAAACCCUCCAACCCCAAACCGUACAACUUUUUGGAGGGAAUGGUAUUGUUCAACCCUCUGCUUUCAUUGACAAGAAAGCUAAAGCAGAGUCUACUUUAGACAAUAAAAUAUCCAAGGAGGGUGACACAAAUGUUUUUGCACAAUUUAGAAAAGGUACGAAGCGGAAAGAAGAACCUGGAACAACUGUGUCCAGUGCUGCUCUCGAAGCUGUUGCAGAGGAAGAUGAAACCUCAGAAACCGCUUCACCAAGACAGUUACCAAAGAGGCCUCUGAUGAGGUCUUGUCCUCCAGCAGGGUUAUUCAGCAGAGCACUAAGUGGACUGCGAAAAGCUGCAGCCAAUACAGUUAGACAAGAUGCAAAGGAGUCUCUGCAACAGAAACCACAGGAAGAGGACUUGACAAGCGAGCGUUCCAAAGUACUGCUUGAACAGCUGACUGCUACCACAUCACCAGUGCAAACUCUGAACCCUGAGGUACUGGAUAAAGAUGAACAGUCAGAUAUACAACACCUCCAAGAACUGAUGGCUAAAACCAAAACACUAGUGAGAGCUGCUGAACGAAACGAGAGCUUGGAUAGCCUCAGCGGAACGUCUCCCACUGACUGCACGAUUAUUCAGUGUAGGAAUGUACCUCCGGCGCUCAACAAAAGGGACAUCAUCCAGAAGCAUUUUUCUCGUUUCGGCAAAGUCUGCAGGGUCUGCUGCCGGCCCGCUCGGAACACAGCCAUCGUACAAUUCGACAACCAUGGUUCUGCAAGCAAAGCUAAGAAGAGAGGGAAACUCCUGCAUCGUCAUGAACUCCUCCUCUUGUGGCAGAGAAAGAAGCAAUCUGCGAGUCAAGCCAAUAUGACAAGUGCAUCAAGUCCAGGGGGAAAAAACACUAGACCUGUGGUACGAAAAGAGGAGGAUGAGGGAAAAAGUGAGGAAAUUCCAAAUUUCAAGGUUUCAUCUCCUCUCAGAAGACCCGUACUCAGCAGUACCUUCUGCCGGAGCUCACCAGUGAAGAAGCCAAUAUGCAAGACACUCCAGUUUGACUCUGAACUUCAGAAAGAAAAUGUCAUGAUGACUCAGAGCUCCGAGUGCCUCAUCCCCCUUAUCGGCAUAGUAGCUGAGACAUCCGAGGACAAGUACCGCCUUCUAGAGCAGAGGGACAAAAUUCUGCGGCACGGUCGACCCAAAAGUAUGGACAUGGACCUCUCUAAGGUGUUUGUAGGAACAUGCCCUGACAUGUGUCCAGAGAAGGAGAGAUACAUGAGGGAAACAAGGAAUCAGCUCAACUUAUAUGAAGUCCUCCCUGACACAGAGAUGGUGGAUCAUGCAGCAGCCAUUAAAGAGUAUAGUCGUUCAUCGGCUGACCAGGAGGAGCCCCUUCCCCAUGAGUUACGCCCCUUGCCAGUACUCAGCAUGACCAUGGACUAUCUGGUCACUCAGAUCAUGGACCAGGGUCACGACACCUUGCGGGAUUGGUAUGAUUUUCUUUGGAACAGGACCCGUGGCAUCCGAAAGGACAUCACCCAGCAGCAUCUGUGCUGCCCCCUCACAGUCUCACUGAUAGAGAAAUGCACACGAUUCCACUUGCAUUGCGCACACCAUCUCUGCGAAGAGCCAAUGUCUGUUUUUGACGUUAAGAUCAACAACGAGAACUUGACAAAAUGCCUGCAGACCCUAAAAGAAAUGUAUGAGGACCUGAUGGACCGUCAAAUCUACUGCCCCUGCGAGGCCGAGUUCCGCCAGUACAGUGUGUUGCUGAAGCUCAAUGAUGGGGACAUCCUCCGUGAGGUCCAACAGUUCCGUGAUGUAGUGCGCAACUCCCCCGAAGUGUGUUUCGCAGUGGAGGCAUUUGCCGCACUCAACAACAACAACUUUGUUCGUUUCUUCAAGCUGGUGACAAGAGCAUCUUACCUGGCUAGUUGCCUCCUCCACAGAUAUUUCAAUCAGGUCAGAGCAAAGGCAUUAAAAACCUUGACAAUUGCUCACACUGUGGGUCCACGGGCAACUUCUUUUCCACUAGAGGAUGUUGUUCGGAUGUUGAUGUUCUGCAGUGCUAAAGAAGCAACUCACUUCAUCCAGCAAUUCAGCCUCAAUGUCAGCGAGGGUGUGGUCGAUCUGAAUCGGAUAGCCUAUCAGGAGCCAGAGCUACUGUCCCAGAAGAAGUCAGCGAUCAUUCAGGCUAAAAAAACAACAUUGACUGGUGAAGUUGUGUAUGGUGGUCCCCUCCCUGCUCCUCCCCAGCACAUACCUGUCUGCAGCUUUGACUCCCAGAACAAGUACAGAGGAGAAGGCCCUCUGGCUGAACCUGCACCCAAUCCAUUUAAAGCCGUUGCUGCCAAGGUUGAGGUUAAGGCCCCACCCACAGUGCAGUUGCAAACACAAGGUUCGCCAGUCAGGCAUCCUGAUGUUCCCAACGUUUUUGGGCAGAGACAAGUCGUUCCAGAAAAGACCGAGUCUAGUGAAUUGUUAAACAGUUUGGCGCUCCAAAGUGGAGCCCGGCAACUAUUCCAAAGUACACCACUGUCUUCACCUGUCAAAGCACCGUCACUAGCAUCCGAACCUGAACCUCAGCCAGCAUUCAGCGAUGAGGAAAUCAUGGCUGAAGUGGACUGUUUGAUCGACGAAAUGCUUGAGAUGUCUGCAAGCGAGGUAGCUGCUGAUGGAGCCACUUAUGCCACAACAGCUCUCGUUGAAAGCAGUGUACAAGCUGAAUCUAUACUGAAUGAGGUUUUAGGUGAAAUGCUGCAAAAAUUGUCCUCUACUGAGAUCCAUCUAGAACAAGAGCGUGUUGCUGAAGAGAAGCGCAAGAUUGAGGAAGCAAGGAGGAAAGAGGAGCACGAGGCCUUCUUGGCCAACUUUAGACUCUCUUUAUACACAGAGAUUAUGCGCGAAGUAUUAGAGGAGACUGUCAAGGAAACUGCCACCACAGUGUUCCAACAUGCAAUGGAUGAGAGAGCGCAAUGUGUUGCUAAAUGUUCUCAAGAUAUCUGCAAUGGUCUUAUUGAGGAGACUUUAGAAGCAGAUCUUGCUCUGCUGGUCGAAGAAGUCUUUGCAGCUGAGUUGCAGUGUGCUCGCAAGUACAUCCAAAGGUGGCGUGAUGUGGUAGCAGUGCGCAGGCAGCUGAAGAGACAGAUGAGAGGCUUCCCAGCAGCUCCUUGCUUCGUUGACCCCCGCUUCAAAUUGAAGGCGCUGGCUCCAAGUGCUCCAGCACAGCAGUCUAUUGAGGAUAUGACUCGUGGAAUUGUAAACUUGGGAAACGCAGGAAGGUUAUCGCUGUCCAGCACCAGGGUGUUGAACAUGAAACAUUUGGCAGUCCACCAAAUAAGAGUCCAGUAUUUCUAUCAGCACCUUCUUGAUGAGUUAGUAUGGGCGCCGCUUGACCUGCCAACACUGGUAAUGGAAAAUCUCGACAACCCACCUGAUAAAAUCUUCUGGAAAGCUGUUGUCCUGUUACCUAGUGACGAUGAGAGUGUAGCCAGCUCGGGAGACAGGAUUUUGUCUGAUUGGCUAGAGGUAAAGUUUGGGAGCAGCCAGCGACCCGAGUUCAUGGAGGAGGAGCGGGAUGGCACGUUGCAGACCCUCUGCCUGUCUAACACAAUAAAGGAGAAUGGAGACCGUACCCAUAAAAUCCAUGUCAGCAUCAAGGCGUCCAGAGGUCCACUGACUGAUGAUGGCUUAUCUAAAAUGGAGGAGUGUUGUGAGCUGCAGGGGGCAGGUGCACUGAUCAUGUUGCUGCCUGUCUUGGAGCCCGAGCGGGACAUCCCUCUGCUCUCGGCACUGCUUCAACUCAAACAGUUGCAGCAAGCCAGCACCUGGCACUGUCCGCUGCCUCUUGUUGUUCUGGUGCCGGCCUCUGACUCUGGCCCCUGGAACGCUCAGAAACUCGAAGAAGACCUGAUGCUGCCUGUGCUAGUAAAGGAUGGUCUCAUAUCAGAAUACAUGUUGUUGUUCAUACCAGAAACCACAAAUGAUAUGCAGGGUUCCAAACAGCUCAACACUGCGAUGCGUUGGCUUCUGCCUCGUGCACCUCCACCCAUCCCACUGUCCUGCCAGACCCUGGCUCAGCUUAUAGAGACCAGCUUGAGUCUAGAGUUCCGUCGCAGGGUUUCCGCUCAGUGCCAGGCGCGUGCCGCCGCUGGUUUCCCUCAGCAGAAUCCCGCGCCCGUCAUCCAGCUCUACAAUGCCGUCAUCAGUCACAUUGCCGACAAGGUGUCAUCGGAGGACCUCUCCAAAAUCUCGUGGCCGCCUGGAGAAUUCUGCCUGCCUGAGAAUGCCGAGUUUGUUCCACAUCUGGGUUGGAACACUGGACCACACCUGGCCUGGUUGCGUAAGACCGUCCUCAGCUUGCAGCUGCCACAAUGGAGGAAUCCUGCAACCACAGACACCUGGUCUGAGCUGUGCUCGGUCAUCUAUCGCUACGCCAAUCAGGUAGUCAAGACACGCGGCAGUCACCCGCUACUCAUGUCACGCCUGGGAAAUCUACUUGAGCGUGCCCAAAUGAAAGGGCACCACACGAGAACCUCUGCUUCCAAGCGAAGCUUGGACUUGUGGCAGGAUACUCACGCCUACAUUCAUCAGGUCCCUUGGGUUGAUGUGCUUGCCAUCUGCAUUGACCACAAACUCAGAGACUGGCAGCUCCCUGCGCCACCAGUCUGUGAAGAUGCUAUGACAAAAGAUGGGGAGAUCCUGGUUUAUUAUCUAACUGACUCAUUAAAGGGUUUCCACCCGCCUAAGGACUGGAUCGAGGCUGUUCGAAUAACUCACAGGGAGAAACUGCAAGAUGACAAGGGGACAAUUUCAGAUGCCUGUGCAACACCCACCAGCCCGCUGGUCAGGCAAAUGUUAUCCCCAAGUGUGCUGGAGCCCCUGGAGGCUCAGGAAGCCCCUGUGGAUAUCUCCCACACUGCCAAAGCAGUAGAGGUGCUGACCCAUAAGGUGUUCCAGACUUUGCAAGAGGAGACGGCUCAAAGUAGACGGAGCUCACAGCAGCUCCAGCGCUGGCUAGACGGGGGCGACUGUGCGGACAAUUGGUCCACCCCGCUCCUCAUCCCGUCCUCCAUCUUACUCUCCAUGCCCACUUUUCUGAAGCACGGACCCUCGGCCAAGCCUUCAAGUGGUGUUUCAGCUAAGGAAGCGCACCGAUUUCCACCACAAAAGGAAGACAAGUGGUCCCAGAGGUCUCAUUUGUCACUGACUGAGCAACUGAAGGACCUUCAGAAGCAAAUUAAAGCAAGCAGAGAAGAAGAGUUGGCUUGCAAACUGAAACUGAGUGCAAUGAUGACCAUAGUUGAGGACUGAAGAUACUUGGAAGUGGUUUUAUGUAAAAGAGCCUAGAUUUCUAUAUUCUUUAUCAACUUGUGCUUUUGCAUUGAAAGUGUUUUAUGUGGAUUUGUGAUUACAAACUUUUCUAUGAUCAUUGUAAGUUGUCGAGCAAACAUUGAAAGUGACAAUUGUAUUCUUUUCAACCAGUCAGUGGCAAGAUGCUGCAGUAUAUUAGCACGCAUUGCUAACGGCAUCUGUGACUGACUCAUCACAUCUCUUUAAUUUCUCAAAAUACACCACCUGAUUGACUACAAAGUGUCCUACAGCACAUUGAGGUUUCUCUCCGUCCACUGAUCCAGGCUUGUUGUCAAGGUGAAGUCUUACUUGCCUCAUGGCUUGCUUCUUCCCGCACACUGAACAAGUGAAUGCCAAAGAGGAGAAAUUGCAGUUGCAAUUUUAAAAGAGCUUCUGUAUUACUAGUCCUAAAACCUUCAUGACGCCUUUUACGUUGCUUAUGACCGAUUUGAUAUUUUUGCACGAAAGGUGCAGCCACCCAUAUACCAAAGGCACGGAAAAGGUCACCAAGAAAAAUGUUGUAGGGGAGCAGGGCCACUGCAGUUUUAUUUUUUUAAAUAGCAUAAAAUGAGCAAUCUGGGAGACAUUUACAUGGCUUAAGUAAGUAAGUAGCUUUUUUUUUUUGGUCUCCCAACUUGAGCCAGGCCCAUCUAUCUCUGCCUGCACUUGUUUGUUGGCUGCGUCAAGCUAUGCCACAUUAACAGCAUCCUCUCUAAGCACUCUCAUUCCUGAAACAAAUUGAUUAAAAUCAUUGUUCAACUUAAUUUUUCCACUAUUAACAACUUCAAAAGUUGAUCCCAAAUGUAUCCUCCAGAAAACUGUGCAGUAUUUUUCUGGUUUUGAAAUUCAUUUUGG